UUUAUAGAUUUCAAUGGUGAGAGGUUUAACUAAGUUGUUACUGACUGUUCUAUUUGAUUCGUUUAGAAAUGGGUGCGGAUUGCCAUUCUAUCCAGCUUAUUGAUGGUGACGGUGUUUUCAAUGUCUCUGGUCUGGAGAACUUUGUGAAGGCCAUGAAUUUGGCUGAAUGUGGGCUUUCUUAUGCUGUUGUAUCUAUAAUGGGGCCACAGAGUAGUGGGAAGAGCACUCUUUUAAAUCAUCUUUUCCGUACCAACUUUAGAGAGAUGGAUGCUUUUAAGGGAAGGUCGCAAACUACUAAAGGUAUUUGGUUGGCAAAGUGUGCUGAUAUUGAACCAUCUACACUUGUGAUGGAUUUGGAGGGGAGUGAUGGAAGAGAACGCGGGGAGGAUGAUACUGCCUUUGAGAAACAAAGUGCCCUCUUUGCUUUAGCAGUUUCAGACAUUGUGCUGAUAAACAUGUGGUGUCAUGAUAUUGGCAGAGAACAGGCUGCAAAUAAGCCUCUUCUAAAGACAGUAUUUCAGGUCAUGAUUCCCUGUUUAGUCUCGGCAAACACAUUAUUAUUCGUCAUUGUGAUAAGAACCAAGGUUGAUGUUGUGGGUCCUCAAAUUUUGAAGAGAAAGAGGAGUACUGUUAAGGAGGGCAUAAUUGCAUACGUGUUGAAGGUUGCAAGUUUAAGGCAAAGAUUUAAUCAUUCUAUUAACCCCGGGGGUCUUGCUGGAGAUCGGCGAGGAGUUGUUCCUGCUUCAGGAUUUUCAUUUAGUGCACAACAAAUGUGGAAAGUUAUCAAAGAAAAUAAGGACCUUGACCUGCCUGCACAUAAGGUUAUGGUAGCCACUGUGCGCUGUGAAGAAAUCGCGAAUGAGAAACUUGCCCAUGUAACUUCUGACGAGGAGUGGCAAGAACUUGAAGAAGCUGUACAACAUGAUGUUGUCCCAGGAUUUGGAAAGAAGCUUAGCUCAAUUUUGGAUAAAUGCUUAUCUGGCUAUGACAUGGAAGCUUUUUAUUUCGAUGAAGGUGUUAGAACUUCAAAGAGACAACAACUUGAGUCCAAACUUCUGCAGUUGGUCAAUCCUGCUUAUCAAUCCAUGCUGGGACAUUUGCGUGCCAAAACCUUAGAUGCCUUUAAGGAAGCUUUUGACAAGGCUCUGGAAAGAGGAGAAGGGUUUGCUAGUGCUGCUCAUGAUUGUACUCAAGCUUUCAUGUCAAAGUUUGAGAAAGGCUGUGAAGAUGCUUCUAUUCAACAAGCGAAAUGGGAUCCUUCAAAAGUUCGGGAUAAACUUCGGCGUGAUAUUGAUGCACAUAUAUCAUCAGUUCGUGCUGAAAAGCUUUCCGAACUUAGCGCCCAAUAUGAGGGACGACUGAACAAAGCUCUUGCAGAACCUGUGGAAGCACUUCUAGAUGCAGCCGGGGAUGAUACCUGGCCUGCAAUAAGAAAACUUCUUCAAAAAGAAACUAGAGCAGCUGUUUCUGGACUUUCGUCUGCUCUUUCAGCUUAUGAACUUGAUCAAGAAACUGUUGAUAAAAUGCUAUUGAAGCUAGAAAAUUAUGCUAAAAGUGUUGUUGAGUCGAAGGCAAAAGAAGAAGCUGGAAGGGUCUUGAUUCGCAUGAAGGACAGGUUUUCAACAUUGUUCAGCCGUGAUGCUGAUUCGAUGCCGAGAGUCUGGACUGGAAAAGAAGACAUAAGAUCCAUCACAAAAACUGCUCGCUCUGCAUCCAUGAAGUUGCUUUCUGUAAUGGCGGCAGUUCGUCUGGAUGAUGAAAGCGAUAACAUUGAAAAAACCAUCUCACGUGCCUUGGGGGAUAAUACAAAUGCAAAUUCUGGUGUUACUGAUAGGAGCAUACAGUCAUUUGAUCCACUGGCCUCAAGCUCAUGGGACGAGGUACCAAUAGAACGAACUUUGAUUACACCUGUGCAAUGCAAAUCUUUGUGGAGGCAAUUCAAGGCAGAGACAGAGUAUACUGUGACUCAGGCCAUUGCUGCUCAGGAAGCUAACAAGCGUAACAAUAACUGGUUGCCCCCUCCAUGGGCAAUUGCUGCUAUGCUUGUUCUGGGCUUCAAUGAAUUCAUGACCUUACUAAGGAAUCCACUUUAUCUAGCUGUCAUAUUUGUUGCUUUUCUUGUGGGAAAAGCCCUUUGGGUACAGCUAGACAUCUCUGGCGAAUUCCGCAAUGGCGCUCUUCCUGGGCUUCUUUCUUUGUCCACAAAAUUCCUUCCGACUGUAAUGAACAUUCUCAAAAAAUUAGCAGACGAAGGGCAACAGCCUGCUGCUCCAGAGCGGCGGCGGGGCCCGGAACUUGAUUCGAAGAGCUUCAGGAAUGGCGUGUAUAGCAAUUCAACCUCGGAUGCAUCGUCCAAUAUAUCAUCGCCGGAGAGUGGGGUCGAGUAUUCAAGCCCAUCAACAGAGUGAUUAGCAUUAAGAAUAGCUUACUAGAAAUAUUGGGUUUGUCGCAUAUGACUGGUUCUUUCAUCAUAGCGAGUUUCUGGUGCUAUCAUGCUUUGUGAGAUGUCCUUUAUAUUAGCUUUGUAGUCUUGGAGCGAAGGAUGUAUGGUGACUGGUGAAUGUUUUGAUUCACCUGCUUGCUGUCGAGGGGGGGGGGGGGGGGA